GGGACAGUCGGUCGCAGACCGCGCUGGGUUGCCGCCGCCGCCGCCGCCGCUGCCGCCAUCGUGCCAGCCCCUCGGAGACCUAAAGGUCAGUGAAGGCUGAUGCUCAGUGGGCGAGAGGUCAUCGAGGUCAUUUCUGCUCCUCGAGGAGCCUGGCCUCACUCAGCCUGCGGACUGUUGGGGUGAAGCAGGAGAUGGCGUGGUCAGCGGUCCUCUUGGAAGAACUGUAGGAGAAGCCGUCACGAAGGUCUCAGUGAGGCCGGGUGACGCUCCAGAAUGGGAGACAAGCCAAUUUGGGAGCAGAUUGGAUCCAGCUUCAUUCAACAUUACUACCAGUUAUUUGAUAACGACAGAACCCAACUAGGCGCAAUUUAUAUUGACGCAUCAUGCCUUACGUGGGAAGGACAGCAAUUCCAGGGGAAAGCUGCCAUUGUGGAGAAGUUGUCUAGCCUUCCGUUCCAGAAAAUCCAGCACAGCAUCACGGCGCAGGACCAUCAGCCCACGCCAGAUAGCUGCAUCAUCAGCAUGGUUGUGGGCCAGCUCAAGGCUGAUGAAGACCCCAUCAUGGGGUUCCACCAGAUGUUCCUAUUAAAGAACAUCAACGAUGCUUGGGUUUGCACCAAUGACAUGUUCAGGCUUGCCCUGCACAACUUCGGCUGACCUCCUCCCAGCCAGGCACUCAUGCUGUUUCCUCCUCCCUCCUCUCCCCAAUAUUAUUCACACUCCUCCAGAUGCUCCAAAUAUCAUACACAAAUGAGCAGGGCCGCGGUGGGAGUGGGCGCAGUGCGCUGCUGCUACUGGGGUAUUGUGCAUGAUGUUUGGACGCUAGACUAGUUGCAUCUGACAGGAGAAGUUUGUGUUGUACCAGCGCAUGCCUUGGAAAGACUUAAGUAAUGCAAAAGGUUGUUUUUUUUGUUUUGUUUUUGUUUUUGUUUUUUAAUCUACUGACAAGUUGCUCUAGUAACCCAAAGAAGUGAAGGAGAAAGCAGCUGCCUCACCGCCCAGAUAUUGAUUUGUUCGGAUGUUUCAAUGCCUCAUGAUACAAUAAAACCACAAAAAUUUUCUUAACAGUUUAAA